AUAUGUUUAACAUGAAUCAACCCGAUAAGAAGUCACGAGGCCAAGUCGCCUUUAAGAUGCUUUUUGUAGGUCAUCUUCAGAAAUGUGUAGUUUCACUAUGACAGACCUAUGCGACAGACGCAUCAACAACAUCCGCCGUCACGUGAUGACGUAGUUCAGUGUCAGUGGGGUCGGAUUCUCUUUUCGUAAGUCCUAUGAGUCGUUGACACCUUUCCUUCACCUCAUGACGUCUCCGUUGAGGUGAAGGACAAGUGGUGAGAGAAAGGCGACAGGAAGAAAUCCAGCCUCCAGUUUGAGCGCGCCUAAAAUUUGACCCGGAUGUAAACUAUGAGUCAGCAUAUUCACUUCCUGUCCGUUUCGUUUCUCCCACAGCGGCAAGUUGGUCUCUCUGCAGCCGCAGCCGCGCAGCUGAACCUGACCGGACCUGCGGCUCCGGGUCCCGGUCAUAGACCAUCUGCUCCCGGUAAACCCGCUGCUGUCGUUCGGCGGGACAGAGCGAGCCAACAUGGCGGCGGUAAGAACUUUUAACGGUCAGACGGAGCGGAUCAUGGAGGCGGCGGUGGAGUGUGUGGUGUCCGUCCUCCAGCAGAGACUCGGACAGCGGGAGACCGACGGCGAGGACACCGGGGUGAGGACUGAGGACAGACCAGGGGACAGACGUCACAUGAUGUAAACGAAGAGAAGAGACAGACGAAGAGCUCCAGAGGGAAAUCUGCCGUCACUUCCUGCUUCGGUUAUCACAGCAAAACUCAUGACGUCGCGUUAAUGAGGCGUCAGAGUGAAACUGCUUCCGUCACACAUUGACCUAAAUAUCCUCCGACACGAAGACGGCCGCCAUCUUGUUUGUCCUGACAACAAACAGAAGAUGUUUGUUUGUUUUAACAGAACUGAACAACGUCCUCAACAUGAUGUCCAGAGAGGCUGUUCGUAAAAUCUGCAGCAUCUUCAGAGAACUGUACAUUAGUUUGGAGAAGGAAACCGAAGCUCUGAAGGACGAAGUAAAACGUCUCCAGUCUCAACUGAAGAACCAGGAAAACUCUGCAGCCCAGAAAAACCAGAGGCAAACUCUUUAUAAGAUCAAACCAGCAGACGGAUCUUCUCUGUCACUGGACAUAGACCAACCUGCGGCCAACCCCACCACUCUGGCCAUGGCCAUCCUCAACUCCACCAAUAGCACACACACAGCCGGUCGCAGCCCACAGGUCCCUUUGGUCAUCAUCAGCCAGCCGCUCCCUGGACCAAUUGCAGGGCAGAGCAGCACCAGCCCCCAAGUGCUGCAGAAGAAACCAGAUCCCCCCCCUGGUCUUGGUCUGGCCGACAUCAAGACUGAGGUGGUUUUAGAAUCAGUCCAGUCCAAGGGAUCACCACUGCCUGUGCUCACAGGUGUAUCAGUGACCGUCAGUGAGGACCUGCCCACAAAACAAGAAGAACCAGCUGUGGAUAAUCACUGUCGUGUUUUUCAGAAGACUGUUGCAGAGAAAGAAGAACAUCAGACGUGCAUGGGGACUCAGCCAGGUGUGAGUGAGGAGGCGCAGAAGGAGGAGGAGAGGAGGAGGAGGAGGGAGCUGUACAAAGAAAAGAGGUUCUUCUGUGAACUCUGUGACAAAGGUUUCCAUCACCAACACCAACUGAAGAAACAUGUGUCAUGUCAUCUGAAGCCGUUUCCCUGCGGCUCCUGCGAUAAAGGUUUCUACAAAGCCAAGACGCUGCAGCGCCACCAGCUGAGCCACGAGCUUAGGGACGCUCAGGAGAAAGACCCUGACAAGCUGCUGUGCUGCGACCAGUGCCACAGGAAGUUCAAACUGCUGCGACAGCUCCGAGUCCAUCAGGCGACUCACCGGCUCGAGAAGACGCCACUCCGGUGUCACACCUGCGACCGCACCUUCACCUCCUCUAGCGCUCUCCGCUACCACGAAGUGUCGCACGCCAAAGUCAAGCCCUUCAAAUGUGACGUCUGCGAGAAGAGCUUUAAGAGGAAGAAGACCCUCAGAGAUCACCAGACUGUCCACACUGGCGCCCGGCCAUACCAAUGUCCGACCUGCGGAAAGAGCUUCUCCACUGCCAGUAACCUCCGUGUCCACAAGAGGUCGCACUCAGACGAGCGACCAUACAAAUGCAGCGAGUGCGACAAGGCGUUCAAGUUUCGUAUGGGUCUGUUACAGCACCGCGUGGUUCACUCCGGAGAGAAACCGUUCAUGUGUCAGACCUGCGGCAUGAGCUUCGGCCUGAAAUACAACCUGCGGAGACACCUGAGGCUGCACAAUGGAGAGAAGCCCUUCAGGUGUGAUCAGUGUGGGGAGGCGUUUACAGGGACGUGGGCCCUGAAGACCCACAUGCUGGUUCACGGUGUGGAGAAGCCGUUCAUGUGCGACGUGUGUGGGAAGACGUUCUUCUACAACUGUCAGCUGCAGAAACACCAGCAGAUGGUUCAUAACAAAGACGGGAGGCAGGGGAGACGCAGGCCCACUGGGGUCACGCCGUUCUGCUGUAAGAUCUGUCUGAAGUGCUUCAGCAGUAGCACCACGCUGAGGACGCACGAGAAGUGCCAUGCCGAGAAAAAAGAGUUCAACUGUGACAUCUGCGGCCGGUCCUUCUACCAGCGACACAUGUACCUGUACCACAUGAGGCAGCACCGCGGCGACCGGCCGUACCUCUGCAGCGUCUGCCAGAAAAGUUUCAUGCUCUUAUCGCAGCUGAAACUGCAUCAGCUUCUUCACACCGGAGUCAAACCUCACAGGUGUGAACAGUGCGGCAAAGAGUUCAGGGCGCCGCAGAACUAUCACCGCCACCUGAAGGUCCAUACCGGAGAGAAGCCCUACCAGUGUGUGGUGUGCAGCAGGAAGUUCAGGCAAUCCAACCAGCUCAAGUCCCACAUGCAGAUCCACACGGGCGAGAGGCUGUACUCCUGCGACCGCUGCCGUCAAGGCUUCUCCGACUCCCGGCAGCUGAAGAAACACUGCUGCGGAGACGCCGACCCAAAGACUCUGGAACAAGGGGACGAGUUCCCCUGGACACAGGAGCUAACAAACCCGUCACUGUGACAAUAAAGAUCAAUGAGUCAUGACGUUCUACUGAAUUCAUCCCGUUGUCCCUUUAAAUCUUUUAUCAACAAAUCACAAAUACAACACCUCUGGUAACAAAUUGACCCAGAGUCGGUCAUGGUUCAUGUGAAUAAUUAAUCUGAUUGAUCCCAUUCAUCAGUAUGUUUUUAAAAUGUUUUUCAUAAAAUAAACAUAAACAUAUUGUUUGAGAAA